AUGUCAGAUCAGGAUGAUUUAAUUUUCUCUCAACUUCAGCAAGAAUUACCUCCAGAGCAUGUCAUGGUAGAACCAGAACCUCAUGAUAAUGAAGAUUUAUCACAAAUUUCAGUUUUUUCGAUAAAGUUUUAUCGCCAAUUCUUUAACAUUGAUACAAUGGAUGUACUGAAACGCAUACUAAUUGCUAUUAAUCCAGCAGAUUCAAAGUUUUUUGUCAAUUCUGUUCCACCAGAUCUUUUUGGUCCCCUUUGGAUCUCAAUCACAAUUUCUUUUCUAUCUAUAGUAUUUGGAAGCAUAUCUAGAAUGAUUAGUCUCAAAAAGAAAUACUUUAGUUUUGGAAAAUAUGUUUUUGCAAAUUUAAUAGUUUUUAUCUUUGUUUUUGGCGGACCUAUUGCAUGGAAAUAUUUUACAAAACAAUUAGAUUCUCCAUCUUUGAUAUCUAUCAUGUCAUUAAUUGGCUAUCUAAUGUCUACAAACUUAAUUUCUACAUUUAUCUGUCUUAUUGCUGGCCGGUCAGCCGACAUCUUAAUAUCAUUUAUCUUUGGCUCCGUUGCAGGCGUUCUUUUGUUCCUGAAACUUAAAUCAGCCUUUUUAGAUCCAACUUCACAAACGAAAUCAUUCAUGCCGAAUCUUGUUUCAGGCAUCUGCAUGAUGAUCACAUUCGGUCUUCUCCAAAUUGUUUCGAGAUAA